AAGAGUCUCCCUUAGAUAUAUAUAAGUUCAGCCUUCACUGGAGAAUGAAAGCAGCAUAAUUUCACCUCUCUUGGGCCCUAAAUCAAACAUCACUCACAAUGGAUGAUAUUUACAAGGCAGCGGUUGAGCAACUUACAGAAGAACAGAAAAAUGAAUUCAGAGCUGCUUUUGAUAUUUUCGUGCAAGAUGCUGAGGAUGGCUGCAUCAGUACAAAGGAGUUGGGGAAAGUCAUGAGAAUGCUUGGGCAGAAUCCCACCCCAGAGGAGCUCCAGGAGAUGAUAGAUGAGGUGGAUGAAGAUGGAAGCGGCACUGUAGACUUUGAUGAGUUCUUGGUUAUGAUGGUCCGGUGUAUGAAAGAUGACAGCAAAGGAAAAUCAGAAGAGGAAUUGUCAGAUCUUUUUCGAAUGUUUGACAAAAAUGCUGAUGGUUAUAUCGACCUCGAUGAAUUAAAAGUCAUGCUAGAUGCUACUGGAGAAACCAUAACGGAAGAUGAUAUUGAAGAAUUGAUGAGAGAUGGUGACAAAAACAAUGAUGGUAGAAUUGACUAUGAUGAAUUCCUGGAGUUCAUGAAAGGAGUUGAAUAAAAUAAUGACUAUCGGAAACACUUUACAAACUGCUGAAAAAAAAGCCCAACAACAAUUUUUUUCCCAAAUGAAUAAAUUAUACCAGAUCAAAACCUAAACAUGCAACUUUUAUCAAAAUAUGAACUUUGCAAUAUCAUUAUACAGAACCUCACUGUAUAUGUGAAAUCAUUUUCUAAAGUUUACUUUUAUGCACCAUACAAUCUUGUAACAUGCACUAUAAGGGAAUACUUUUUAUAAUCUGUUAUAUGUUUUUUUUUUGUUUGUUUGUUUUUUCUUUAAAGGGACAUGAAACUUUUUUCCCCUAUUGUGAUUCAAAUACAACAUAUUGUACAUUUUAAAACAAAUUUCCAAUUUACAUAAAUGAUCUAAUUUGCUUAGUUCUUUUGGUAUUCUUUGUUGAAAAUUAUACCUAGGUAGGCUCAGGAGGUGGGAGCUAGAUGCUGAUUGGUGGCCGAACAUAUAUGCCUCUUGUCAUUGGCUUACAGAUGUGUUCAGCUAGCUCCCAAAAAAACAUUGCUGCUUCAUCAACAAAGGAAACCAAUAGAAUGACGCAAAAUUGCCAAUAUAAGAACAUUAAAAAGUUGUGUAAAAAAUACAUGCAAAGUAUGCUCUAUCUGAAUCAUUAAAGAAGAAUUUGGGCUUUCAUGUGCCUUUAAUAAAAGCAUAACACAUUACAUUUUUUGUUUUUGUAAAUUUAUGCCCCAUGUUAAUUUUAGUGGUCAUUUUUAAGGGAUUAUGUAAUAAACAAGUCACUCUUAUGACAAUUGUAUUUUUUUGCACAUCUAUGCAUUUAGGUAUGCAAAAUAUAAAAGCCCUUUUUGUGCAAUAACAUUGAUUUAAUUCAAAUGUGCAAAUUUUGUUGUAUUGCAAUUUAUUAUGUUGGACAUUUCUUACUACUGGAAAUACAAAAUGGUAAUGGAAAAAUGUUAUAAACUGCUAAUAAAUUGACUUGCAAACUGUA